GGGCGGACCUUUUGGUUUGAUCCACCGGUGGAAGGAGAAGAGUGCUGCAAAAGAUCAAGUAAAUUUUUGGAGCCUUGCCAUCUCUUAGACCGGCUUGCUGUUGAGGGGGACCUGCAAAGUGCAUGCAGUGUUGUGCAGGGUGACCAUGUGGUCUCUGUUCGUUGCUUUAGUCCUGUGUUGUGAACUCCUCAAGCCAGCGCUAGGGCUACGAACACAGAGCCACGACCGAGAGGACUUCUUGCGGGGCCUGACCAGGUAUGAGAUAGUGGUGCCGGCUCGUGUGGACGACAAUGGCGACCCGUACCCCCACACGCACCAUUUUAGGAAGCGGAGUGCCGACGCUGUGUCGGUCGGCUGGAGUAAAACGGGCCAGGAUCGGACAGCCUACACACUGCAAGCAUUCGGGGAAAAGUUCCACCUCAAUCUCACAGCAGAUGCCGGCUUUCUUGCUCCGACCUUUUCCGUGUACCAUUUGGGAAGACCGCAGUAUGACCCAGAAAAUGAUACCCACCUCCAGCACUGUUACUACACAGGACGUGUCAAUUCCCACCCGGAAUCUUCUGUAGCUGUCAGUGUCUGCUCAGGACUCCUAGGAGCAUUCAGGACCCCAAACUCGGAAUAUUUUAUUGAACCCCUUAACAACGAUCAUGGCGAGGACAGUGGGCACAGCAAACCUCAUGUUGUGUACAGAAAAGACAAUAUCAAACACCAGCACAGUGGAGGAUCCUCAUGUGGAGUACAUGAUGAUGACAAAGACGGCAAUCAUAAUGACACAAAGAAAGAAUCAGCUGACGUCCACAACAGAAGAUUUUCCAGCAUUAUUGAUGAUUUGAACAGAAUACACCAGGAUGUCCAGAACCACACAGAGCUGCACAGAAGAAGAAAACGAUUUCUGUCCUAUCCACGACACGUUGAAGUCAUGAUCGUGGCCGACCACAAAAUGGCGAAAUAUCACGGCUCAGGACUACGCCAUUACGUUCUAGCUCUCAUGUCUAUCGUGGCCUCAAUAUACAGGGACCCCAGCAUCAACAACUUUGUCAAUAUUAUUGUAGUCAAGCUGGUCAUUAUUAACAAUGCACAGGAAGGACCGUCGAUAUCUGCUAAUGCUGCGGCAACUCUGCAGAACUUCUGUGUCUGGCAGCAGACACAGAACGUGUUGGAUGACACACAUCCCAACCACCACGAUACAGCAAUCCUUAUCACUAGACAGGACAUCUGCAGAUCAUCCCGAAAAUGUGACACCUUAGGCCUGGCGGAGUUGGGAACAAUGUGCGACCCCUUCAGGAGCUGUUCCAUCAACGAAGACAACGGACUCAGUGCCGCCUUCACUGUUGCUCAUGAGCUCGGUCACGUUUUCAACAUGCCACACGAUGACAACUUCCGAUGUAAAGAAGAGUUCCACUCAUCGUACGCAUACCACGUCAUGGCUCCCACCCUCAGCUACAACACCAAGCCCUGGUCCUGGUCUGACUGUAGUGCUAAGGCCAUCACCGAGUUUUUAGACACAGGUUAUGGGCAGUGUCUGAUAGAUGAGCCACCACCCCUCCAGCCCCUGCCUCUUCCUGAGAACCUGCCUGGAGAAAUCUACGAUGUUGACAGACAGUGCGAACUUGUCUUUGGGCCUGGAUCCCGUGUCUGCCCGUACAUGGCUUACUACUCAACGGCAGCUCAGGAAACUUUGCCAGCCCCCAUGCAGAAAACAUGUAAACGACUGUGGUGCAUGAACGCAGACGGGAUCCAGAAAGGCUGCCGGACCCAGCACAUGCCCUGGGCAGACGGAACACCCUGCGGCAACAACAAGUUCUGCCUCCAGGGAGACUGCGUGUCUGCGCGGUCGAAGCUGAAGGCGAUAGACGGAGGCUGGGGGCCGUGGUCCAAGUACGGGUCCUGUUCCAGGACGUGUGGGGGUGGGGUGAAGUAUGCCACUCGGGAGUGCAACAACCCCAGGCCAUUGAAUGGGGGCAAGUUCUGUCUGGGACGCAGGAUGAAGUUCAGGUCCUGCAACACCAAGGAGUGCCCGCCUGGCAGUAAGGACUUCCGUGAGGAGCAGUGUGCCAAGUUUAACGGGCAGCACUUCAACAUCAACGGCCUGCCGCCUUACGUCAGAUGGGUCCCCAAGUAUGCUGGAGUCCUGAUGAAGGAUCGGUGCAAGCUGUUCUGCCGUGUUGCGACAGGCACGGCGUACUACCGGCUCAAGAACAAGGUCAUCGAUGGAACGCCCUGCGGCCCGGACACCAACGAUAUCUGUGUGCAGGGCAUGUGCCGAAGAGCGGGCUGUGACCGGGUUCUGAACUCGAAGGCUCGGCGAGACAAGUGUGGGGUGUGCGGUGGUGAUAACUCCUCCUGCAAGACUGUAGCCGGAACAUUCAACCUCAUCCAGUAUGGUUACAAUGAUGUUGUCACCAUCCCUCGUGGGGCCACAAACAUUGACAUCAGGCAGCAUGGCUACUACGGACGUGUGGAUGAUGACAACUAUCUCGCCCUGAGAAGAAGUAAUGGCGAGUACAUCCUGAACGGGAACUUUGUUGUCAGCAUGUUUAAGAGGGAGAUCAGGGUGGCAGGACCUGCAGUGCUGGAGUACUCGGGCUCCGACAAUGCCAUCGAACGUGUCAACGGGACCAAACGCAUUGACGAGGAUAUUGUAGUCAUGGUUCUGUCUGUAGGGAAGCUGUACCCUCCAGACAUCCGCUACUCCUACAGUUUCCCUGUGGAGAAGCCACAGUUCAGGUGGGAUCCCAACGGGCCGUGGGGGGAGUGCAGCAAGGUCUGCCAAGGCCAGAAGAAGAAGAAGGUGCAGUGUAUCCGGGAGGACGAUGGCCAUGUGGUCUCUGACCAACGUUGCCACCACCUCAGCAAACCUGGCACCAUCACCUCCACCUGUAACAUGGACUGUGAGAUCAUGUGGGUGAUAGCCCAUACCAGUGAGUGCUCAGUGCGCUGUGGAACUGGAACUGUCACCAGAGUUAUCCAGUGUGUUAAGAACCCCCUGAGUAGCCAGCCGAUCGUCGUGGAUGACAAGUAUUGUGAGGAUCAGCGACCCUCGGAUGUCGAGAGGUGUUCUGGGGAAUGUCUGCCUACUCACUGGGAGUUCACACAGUGGUCUGAGUGCACCCGGACCUGUGGCGGAGGCAGCCGGUUCCGCGAUGCCAGCUGCCUGGACAGCAGUGGGAACCCGGUCUCUCACGACGAGUGUGAUGCCAGCAACCGGAUAGUCGACCAGAUCUGCAACGACCAUGCCUGCCCACAGUGGGUCGUCAACGACUGGACUGGGUGUUCGGUGACAUGUGGAGACGGUGUUCGACAUCGCCAGGCGUUUUGCCACAACGGCGUGCAGGAGGUAGAUGUGAGCGACUGUGAGGUGGACUCCAGACCUGAGAUGAAGCAGCCAUGUAACCUGGGGGAGUGUCCCACCUGGCACUAUGGCAACUGGGGACAGUGUACUGUGACAUGUGGCCGUGGCUACCGUCUGCGAGCUGUGGUCUGCAGGACUCCCAAAGGGGAGGAACUUGAGGACAGUGAGUGUGAUGCUGCUGCGAGGCAUGUUGACAUCGAGGACUGCGAGUUUGCUCCGUGCCUGGAAAUCCUGCCCACCACACCUCCUCCACCCGUCUGGGUCAGAACAGAGUGGAGAACUGGCUCAUGGACUGAGUGCUCAGUAACUUGCGGUCAGGGACUCCGACAGAGGUAUGUGAGCUGUCGAGACAUCCACGGGAACGUUGCGGACGAGUCAGCAUGUGCCCACAUCCCCUCCCCUGCUGCCCAGGAGACCUGCCUCCCUAAAUCCUGCGGAGGGGGGCAGUGGAGAACUGGCGAAUGGAACAGGUGCCCAGUUAGCUGUGGCAGUGGCAAACAGACCCGUUACGUCGCUUGUGUAUUCCCUGGUGAGGAAAACAUUGCGGAUGAGAUCGACUGCGACCCCAGCCAGCGCCCUGUCAGCGAGCAGGUGUGCAACGCGAACCCUUGCGACAUUUCCCGGUACUACAACCCGACCCCCAGCAUCAGCAGUAACCGGAUCCCAACAGGACUGAUGGCCCAGUGGAGAAAAGGACCCUGGGGAGGGUGCUCCAGUACGUGUGCGGGAGGAUGGAAGCGGAGAGCGGUGGAGUGUCAGGACGGGAAUGGCCACCCCAGCUCCAACUGUAACGACGCCACACGACCCUCAGAAAUGGCACCAUGUAACGCUGGCCCCUGCCCAAUAUGGAACUACGGGCAGUGGGGACAGUGUUCUGUAUCCUGUGGCAGCGGCGUCCAGACCAGACUCGUCCACUGCCAGCUGCCAAAUGGACAGAUCCUGUCGGACCACGGGUGUGAGGUGCUGGACAAACCGCCCGACAAGCAGCCGUGCAGUCACCACCCCUGCCCCCGGCCUGCCCGCUGGAACAGAGGACCCUGGUCAACGUGCUCGGUGACCUGUGGUCGUGGGCUGAAGACUCGUGAAGUCGUCUGCAAGGACUCCGCUGGCGUCACCCUCCCCCAUCAUCACUGCCCCAAGAAGCAGCCACGAAGACAGCGGAAGUGUCGUGCCGGUCGCUGCCCCAAGUGGCGCCCGGACCCGUGGAGCACGUGUUCGGUGACUUGUGGGAAGGGCACCAUGAGGCGGGAGGUCCACUGUCGUCUGGGCCGCAAAGGCAAGCCCAUCGAGGAGGAACGCUGCCAGGGGAUGAAGAAACCUCGGCUGCAGAGGUCAUGUCAGGUCAAGGACUGUCCCACAGUAUACACCUGGAAGGUCGGCAGGUGGCAGAAGUGUACAGCAACCUGCGGGGUCGGCAUGCGACAGAGAACAGUCACCUGCACCGACCCGCUGGCCAAUCCUGUGGACGACUCCUACUGCGAUGCUGACACCAGACCUGAGACCUCAGUGGACUGCAACGAGCGCUCGUGUGUAGUGAGAUGGACUCCUGGAGACUGGUCAGAGUGUGACAAGCCAUGUGGUCCGGGGUUUGAGCACCGCUCUGUCACGUGCCAGGAGAUCUCGCCCACGAGAUGGAGCGUCCCGCAGCCGGCGUACAAGUGCAGCGGACCCAAACCCUCCACCAUGCGGGCCUGUAACCUUGGUGACUGUCGGUCAUUCACCCGCUGGAGAACUGGGCCCUGGUCUGAGUGUUCAGUGACAUGUGGGGGAGGGCUAGCCAAGCGGUCCGUGCAGUGUGUCAGUCUCACAGGCACCACCAAGCCUUCCCGGGAUUGCAGCAGGAAACCUGCCCUCAGACCUGACUCACAAAAACCCUGCAACAAGGGACCAUGUUUGCCCAACAGCUGCAGCGAGGUGCAGAAGUUGGAGAGAGCGCGGUACGAUGGCGAGUUCUACCUGCACGUGCAUGGGAAGAUCCUGAAGGUUUACUGUCGAGACAUGGAGACCAGCCGGCCGAGCGAGUACAUCACGCUAGCCGGUGGGGAGGGGCGGAACUACGCUGAAAUCUACCAGAAAAGUCUGUUCAACCCUAACCAGUGCCCACAUAACGGGAGUCGGAAUGCCUCCUGUCAGUGUCACGACAAAGGCCACCCAGACGCUGGCUACACUGCAUACGACAAGGUCCGCAUCAGCCUCGACACCAUGCAGAUCAGCGUAAGUGACAUGCAGUUCGCAAGGACAGUCCAUGGGAAAGCGGUGCCCUUUGGUAAUGCAGGCGACUGCUACAGCACUGCACGAUGUCCACAGGGAGUUUUCAACAUCGACCUGUCAGGAACAGGACUUGGUGUCUCCCCUGACACACAGUGGCACACACAGGGCAGGUUCAUCACAGCUGACAUCAACAGGUCACAGGGCAUUUUCAUCACAGCUGACAUCCACAGGUCACAGGAUGGCUCCGUGGUACAUGGCAGGUGUGGAGGCUACUGUGGCACCUGCUUCCCCAACCCUGUCUCCGGACUCAGAGUACGCUUCCUCAGAUGACACAGGUAAAAGAACCAGCCAUGAAGCAGUGGCAGCGGAGAACACAUGAAUCCAGUCAUGCCAAGUUUCAGAUCAGCACCUUAUGGUGCUCACCAGAACAGUAAACAGAAAUAUCAAGUAUUGAUGUUAAUGUCCAUAAACAUGAAGCCAGGUUUUUCCUAAUUGCAAGAUAUUCAAAGUGAAGGCUUUAUGUCACUGUGACACUGAAUCAAUACAUGUAGGUGUCAAGACUUCUCCUGGAUGGUGUGUUGCCUGGACAACAUGUUGCUAGGCCACGUGUUACCAUGGUAACCCAGGACUACAGGUGUUAUCUCUACGUAAGUUUUUGUACUGGAAGCUUCCCAAUCACAAUAUAUUAAAUCAUCAGCUGUACAGUUUUUGCCUGCUGCAGUAUUUCAUAAUGUUAAGCAGCAGGCAGUUGAAAUGGUGCUCUUCUAACCUCUGUCACACUGUCCUGUAUCUUACCAUAUUCUCAUUCAGUCUAAUUUUGCCAAAGGGUUAAAGGUGACAAUCAUUAUUCUUGUUCUGGUACAAAGUGUACAUGAAGUAGCUUCAUAGCAACAUUUUGAAUGUACCUGUACCAGAACAAACUCUGUAGCAACAUGUCUGUUCUACUUGUACCAGAACAAACUCCAUAGCAACUUCUGUGUUACAUUCUAAAAUGUACCCGUACCUGACCUCCCAUGUUUGUCCAGUAGUAUACUGUACAGAGGGCAGUGAGUUAGCAUGUGAACCUGUAUGAGGUUUUCAACAAUUUGAAAUUCCUGCCCCGUUGUAAAUACCAUUCCAUGCCAGAGGCUCCUUUAUUUUCCUAUAUAUGUAUAUUGAAACAGCAUUAUUUAUACAUGGGGGACAUGUAUAUUACAUGAUGUAUCACAUGACCAUAAAGUGUCAGCGAUGUAUAUAGGGCUAUGGGGUGGGAGGGGGGUUGGAGGUUUUUAUGGUCAUGCUCUGUAAUUUGUGUAUGUAGCUAUUGAAGUAUAUGAUGAUGACUUUGGCAUAUUGAGCUCUCGGAUUCAUAGUGUAGUGGUAGACAUAAUGAAAAAAAAGGACUUUGAAGGCAAUGAAUAUAAUCAGUACAUUAAGAUGUACAAGAAAUUUGCAGAGAUUUUUUUUGCCAACAUUUAAGAUUUUAGUUGACCACUUUUAUUUUGUAAUUGUACAUACUUUCAAUUCAUUAUGAUUUACUAUCAUAAGACACUUUUAUAUCAAGUAGAUCAGUUCUUAUUAAGUAAUGACUUGGAAACUAUGUUGUCCUGAAGAUUAAAACAUUGUAGACAUUUUUUAUCUAGUAGGUUAUUGAUACUUAAGGAACUGUUAAUGGGCACAAGUACAUUUUUGUAGAAGUUGUGUGUUAAAGUCACAGUUUUAAAUCUGGCUGCCGAUUGUGUAAAUUGUUAAGUUGCCAUGGAAAUGCUUACUCUUCAACUUUUUCUCUGCAGUUUUCUUCUGUAAUUGAAAUACCACAUCUCUGAUGCCUGUGUAGGAAAUAGUAAUGGAAAGUCAGUAUUAACAACUCACCGAGCCGUGUGGUGUUAGGUUAUAGAUGUUUACUUCUGAUCAGUGCAUGCUCUUGGUAUUUUCAUGUAUGAUUCAUUAACCAAGGCAGCUCUUGGAUACAGAAUUUGUAGCAGUUUAGUUCAUGAAAAUGUAGCAACAGGCAAAGUGGAACGUUUAAAUUCCUCAGGAACAACAACAACAUGGUGCUUUAUAUGUACUACAAAUGUAUCUGAUCUUGGAACUUGCAAGUGUUAAUAUAUAUAUUAUGCAAUAUUUUAAAUGCUGUUAUGAUUAUAAUUAUGAUGAUCAUAAUUAUUGAUAACUUCCAUUUUGAGAUCUGCCAAAGCUAAGGGUGGAUGCAAUGUUAGCAGUCCAGCUGUUUUUGUUUUUUAGUACCUUUAAAUUGUGUUAAGUUCCCAAUGAUCAAUUUGUAAUAUUUAUAUGAGAUUCUGUUUUUGUAACAUUUUGAAUAAAGUAAGAAAGU